GCGCGCCGUACACCAAUGAAGUGAACCCAAUCCUGCCCCGUGGCGAACAUACGACGAAAAACACUCACUCACACAUACACACACACACACACACACACUACCACGCACCCACCACCCGUGUGGGAAAGCACAGAGCCAGCUGGUAGCGAACUAUGCACUUGAUUGAUUUUUCGCCAUAGGAACGUGGCUGGGCAGCGAACAGAGGCACAGGAAAGUAUAAACAGGGGAGGAACAAAUUCCUGUGCAUUGCGAGGGAGCAGCUUCUGCUGCAGUCUGGACGCCAAUAUGGAUGACAUUCUGCUGUCUACCAGCUGUGGCAAUAUGGAUACUGUAGUUGCUGCAACAACAGCAACAACAACAACACCAUCAAUAGCAACAACUGCCUUCGAUAGCAGCAGCAUAAUUGAAAUCAAAGUUCCAGAUUCAAUUCAAUCAGAAGCAUAUCCCGAAGAAGACUCCAAUAUUAUUGAUGCUGUAGCUGAAGCCAUUACUGAUGGCAAUGCCGAGGCGGUUGUGGAUGCAGAUGUAGAUGAGGUGGAUGAUGGGCAACCCCUGAGCGAGCGUUGGUCACCACUGGGAGCCAACUACGACGAUGCGCACAGUCCCAGCUCCGAGCUGUUGAGUCCCGACUGCUGUGAAGCGGAACUGGCAGCCAGCCUCGAACGGGAGAGGCAACCAACAGAGAGUGCCACUGAAUUGGCACGACUGCGCAACAUCGAGGAGGAGCAGGAGCUGCUUACUAGCUCCCUCCUGGCGCUGACCUCACACUUUGCACACGUCCAGUUGCGCGUGCGUCAAAUUGUGGAGGCGCCAGCCGACGAACGGGAUCAGCUCCUGCGAGAUCUGGAGGAUUUUGCGUUUCAGGGCAUACCAGAGGCGGCCCAACUGAAGGAGAGUGCAGAGAGCGAGCAGCCUGACGAUGGCAAGCCAGUGCAGCCGGACAGUCAACUAAUUGAGCAGCUGAAGACGCAGCUGACGGAGCUCGAGCAAUUGGCCUAUGAGGCAGGGGCGCCGGGUGUGCUGCCCCAGCAGAUGCUGCUCGAGAAACAAAAAUUCAUACUGGACGAGUUGAAAACCAAGCUCAAUCUGCAGGUGGAGCAGCACGAGCUGCCAGCACUGAGUAUGGAGCAACUACGUCAUCAGGUGGACAAUGCCAUUGGCGAGUUUGUCGGGCCGCUCAAGAUGAAGGAACAACUGGUGGCACAGCUCAAGACACAAAUUACCGAUUUGGAGCGCUUCAUUGCAUUUCUUCAAUGCGACACUGGAGGCACUGAAGGCGCCUCCAGCUCGGCGGACAAGCUGAAGCAGCUCAGUGGGGCCUACAACAGCUAUGCAGCCAAGCAAACUGCCCGACAGAUGCCAUCGAAAUCGAUGAGCACCAAAGUGGCUACGGCAGCUCCAAGUUCGGAGGUCUCACAUGUGGAGUCCGCCGAGUCGGAGCCACGAGGCGAGAGUCUCCACAGCAAGGCUCACGGUCUGCUCGACAAGGCAUCGCUGCUCAUGCAAAUGUUCGCCAGCACGCAUUUCGCCACACGACAGGCCGACUUUCAACAGAACUCCCUGAAGAAGACGCACAAAGGCAACCACUGGGGUGAUCUGCGCGCUCAGCUGGAGGUGGACAUCCAGGAGGUAGCCGCACUGGCAGCUACGCUCAGCUGCGAUCGCGAAAAGCUGGCCAACAUCAAACGAGCUCUGCGUCAGCACCAAGCUUCCAAUGCCACCGACAGUUCGGGCACGAUAACUGCCCAGAAUGGAGCUCUGACUACAGUGCCGCCUCGUUGUCGUCGUGCCGGCUCUGGCUCCGGCGCUGGCCACGAGCUGACGCCCUAUGCCACCGCUCAGUCGUCGGACGAGUCCGAUGAGGACGCCUAUGAGCGCUACGACUGGGAUAAAUCGUUGGGUCGUCGCAUUGUGCACAUGCGUGGCGACUCAAUAGCCACCAUCAGUCGAGAGCUAACCACAGUGGUGCGCAAGAAUUUUGCGCGCACCCUGCAGCAGCUGAUACAGCACGGUCUGCGCAUACCCGCCGAGUCGGCCACAUCCAGUCUAAUGGUGCCCUUCCUGCGCUGCCUAAAUCCGGGCAUGAUCGGGGCACAGCGCAUGGCGGCACACGACGAGCUGCAGGAAACCGACGGCAGAUUUGGCAGCGGAGAUGGUGGCCUGCGCGCUCAACUCUUUGGCAGCGGACGGGCGAUGCACGCCUGGGAACUAGUCCUGGAGUACUACUAUCUGAAGCAUGGCGAGGAGUACAACAAUACGCCAGCCCGCAAAUUGUCUCAGAGCUUUCAGCUGGACAUUGUGGACGCCCAGGUGGUGACGGCCAAGCAAAGCCUGCUCACUUCCGUCGGCAUGAUUGUGGCCAUGCACAGACCUUACAAGCGCAGCUACAAUGCACACUUCAAGGCCUUCGUCUGUGCCGGUCUCAAUGCCCACUUACUGGUGGAAUGGCUUAAUCUGAUACUUAGCUGCAAUGAGCUCAUCGACACCUACUAUGCGACCAACAGCUACGUGGCACGAACAGGAUUUCGGGACUCGCUGCGAUCCAUUGAUGCGCUAUCGAAAUUUGAUUUCGAUCUGCCCAUAGAUCUGGCCGUAAGGCACUUCCGAAACAUAUAGAGGGAUACGCCUCUCCUACUAGCGA